AUGUCAACUCGACUCUUACUUUUCGGAAGCUUCAAGGUGCAUUUUGCUUGUGCCACAUACCAAUGGUCAGAGGGAGACAAAGCCCCCGGGCGUAUGUCGACAUCGACAACAUUAGACCAGGUAGCCAAGUUUAAGGAAUCUCGUAUCUCUGCCAGAGAACUUUAUCAAUGUUGGGACUCCUUGAUCAACAAUUACGGUCAUCGCUCGGUAACAUUCGACAAGGAUCGCCUUUCCGCUAUUGCCGGGCUGGCUCGCAUAGUAGGCGAAGCACUACAGGAUCAAUAUCUUGCUGGACUCUGGAGAAGAGAUCUACUGGAAGGCUUGAUGUGGUACAGCUCUAGUCCUACGAUGGCACGCGGACUCGAUGUUUACCUUCAAAAUGUUCGACAACGUAAUUAUGUUGCCCCAUCCUGGUCUUGGGCAGCGUGCCAAGAUGUGGGAAGUACGAGAUCUUCCGAUCAAUAUCUUCGACGAAUAACGCACAGAGCAACUGUAGUGGAUGUUGGCGUUGAAACCGACUCUGAGAAUCCAUAUGGACAAAUCUCUGGGGGCUUUCUCCGGAUCCGCGGGAAAUUGGCUGCGAUGCCAACUUGGGUAAUGAACAAUAAACGCAGCAAUUGCGGUGAAUGGUCAAAUUCUUGGUUCCAAGAUCUGGGACCCGGUCUCGAUUGUCUCUACAUCGUCACGGACUGGAUUCACAAUGACCGAAAAGCUGGACUAGACCUUCUCGUUGUGAUGCUUCUUUUUGAGAUUGAGCCUGACGGUGAAACAAGAGCACCAGAUGUACGAGCUCUGUUGCUCCAUCCUGCAGAUGGGCCAAAGCGAUACUAUCGAGUGGGAACAAUAAGAUCUAAGGGACCAAGAGGGUACGAACUGAUGGCAAAUUGGUUCAAGGAUAGUCAGGAAGAUACGAUCUGCAUCAUCUGA